AUGGCACCAAGCGACGAUGGAACAGGAAAGUCGUCCAACCCCAACAAUGACGCCUCUGACUCCACUGCCACUGCCGUUGCUGCUGCCGUCGCGGAUAAUGAAGAUACCAUGGAAAAGGCUGCCCAUACCGAUGUUGUCAGAACUAGCAGGAACAGCAGAGGCAUCAAAAAUAGCACUUCACGCACAACAACAACCGUUACAACAAAAGCAACAAGAGCAGCAGCUGCAACAGCAACAACAUCAACAGAAACCGAAGUGGAGACCAUAAAUGAGACUACAACAGCACAAAGAAGUAUCAGGCAGUCGUCCGCAAAGUCUACACCUGCCGAUGGAGGUGCUCUUGGACUCACGGAACGGUAUCAGGAACGAAUGAAGACUCGAAUCCGAGGAGCAGGAGCGCACAAGUCAGAAUAUAAAGGAUUCACGCUAAAGGGCAUCAAGAGCAGCAAACCAACGGCCGGGCAGGCGGAGCAGGGAGAGCGGUCAGAGGGGCAGACGACAGAGAUUGAUACGGAUACAACAUCUGCUUCUGCACUGGCCGACAAGGAGCCACGGAGGACAAAGUCAACACCAGGGCCAUCGCAUACGACUCCUCUUCCAGGCAGUACUGGCUCUCGACGAUCUACAGCAGGUCCUCGGGCCUCGACCCCCAGUCUCAAAGAGAUGCUUGCCCAACCAUCGACAACUAUUCCUAUUUCAUCAAGCAACCGAAUGACACGAGCCUCGAGUCGGUACACUGGCCAGUCGCCGAGUUUCAAGCUUGCAUGGGGAAAAACCCUUGUCGUUUCGGAGUCAAGGAGACAGGAGGCAGCCCAGGCACGGGAAAAUGGAGUGGCAACACCAGCAACAGCACCAAAGAAUGUGGCGACACCAGCAUUAGCAGCAGUACCGGCGACCGACAACAGUGUAAUAGACGACCUCGAAGGUUUUGACGGUUUUGGUGACGGUGGUAUGUCUCCUAGUCCGCCACGGGACACGCUAACUCCAGAACCUGGACGACGAGAGAAUUUUCCGGCCAAGAGGAAGUCAGCUAGUAUCAUUGCACCCGAGGCCACCUCAGCCGCUUCUGAUACAACAGCCGCUACUCGUAAACCCAGCCUUGUUCUCGCUAAACGAAGACGACUUAUUCAGGAGGAGGUUGAUGAGAACGAAGAGCCGCUGCUGUCGAUUGAGAAUCAUCCCAAGGCAGCCAUGGCAACGCCCAAGGACUCGAUUCGCGGGCGAACGACUAAGCCGACUACCAUCACGAAAGAAAGCGCGCGCGACCAACCGACAAAGGAACCCGCCACUGUCGCCAAAGAUUCCAAAGUGCCAUAUGACGCUAUUUCCAGGAAGGCCUCGACCAAGAAGUCAAGACAGACAGGAGUAACGAAGGCCAAGUCGACAGGCUCUUCAACGACCAAGCCGGCCAAGACGUCGCAAAAUUCCCUUAUGCCGCUGAAACAGACGUCAUUGAUGCAACUAAACACGCAGCUCAGCAGGACGGACCUUAAGGAUAGUUCGACAUCAUUGGCAUCUCGGAAUCGUGGCGUGACGGACGAUGAUUCUGAGGACGAACGCGAAUUCGAGGAUAUGCUCCAGAAGCAAAUGUCAAAGGCACCGAGUCGAAAGAGUUCAACCAAAAAUACGACAGCCAAGAAAGGCAAGGGACCCUCUAGGGACACUGUCAAGAACUACCAGCAGCUUCAGAUCAACUGCCUCAAGUUCUUUGGUCCUGCUGCGGCUAUUGCGAAACCGGCGAUCGUCAAGAAUCAGGCUAUUGGCAAAAAACUGCUCACAGAGGCCGAUGGCGAAGAGGCAGUAGCCCAAGGGAAGAAGGCUGUCCAGAGCAUUCUGCAAAUCGAGAGAGCGCCCCUGAGCGAGAUGGAUGUGAUUGCUGAGGCUGUCCGCGAUGUUGUCAACGCUUACAUUGAUUCGGUCGAAGAUCAGGCUAUGGUGAAAAACUUGCAAGCUCUGAGGUCAGAACUGGAAACUCGUCUUAUCGAGCAGGUUGACAUGCUGGAUGAUCAGUCAUUGUUGCGGGCGUCGGUCAAAAAGGCGGCGGCGGUAAAGAGGGAACUCCGGGUGCAGCUUCUAGAGACCCAGAGGCGGCGACAAAAGACCCGACAAGAGUUGGCGAAAGUUCGGGCUGCGUUUGAGCGGGAGGAGAGGGCUCGGCAGCGUCUGGAGGAGACGCACAAGUUUUUGACUGAUCUCGAGUCUUUGCGGGACGAGGUCGCAGGGUCGGACGGCGAGAACAGCGAGGAUGAUACUUCAGGACAACAGAUCUAUGGCUCAUCGCAUGAUAAUGUCAAGACUGGAUUGCAGAGCUAUAUUGCGACGGUGGGAGCGCGAUCUGGUGGAGCAGGAGCACAAGAUGGCACGGAUACCCGACCUGGAAUGCUGGGAGCCCUCGUAGAAUUUAAUCGACUGCUGGAGACGAUGGUUAAGAAUACGCCAACCAGGGUCGAUGUCUCUGGGUCUAGGUCUGAUAGUGACAGCAGUGAUUAUGAAUUGUAA